GCUUUGUUCGCAUGGGUGCCAAAGAUAAUAUCAUGGCUGGCCAGAUACAUUUUUAACUGAGCUUUCAGAAACUGCAACAAUGCUGUCUUCAGCCACUCGUAAUUCAUUGGUGGCUCUUGAUGAGCUUGGGCGUGGGACCUCAACUUCUGAUGGGCAAGCCAUUGCGCAAGUCUUUUGUGGGACUGGAAUACUUCUAUACCCUAUGAUGUCUUUAUUAAUAUUUGAUAUUUGAUUUCUUACCUAUGCAGGGAAUCUGUUCUAGAACAUUUUGUGCGGAAGGUUCAGUGUCGUGGAUUGUUUUCUACACAUUAUCAUCGAUUAGCUAUUGAUUAUUACAAAGAUCCCAAGGUCUCCCUCUGCCAUAUGGCAUGCCAAGUUGGUAGUGGAACAAUUGGCGUGGAUGAAGUCACCUUUCUUUAUAGGCUGACCCCUGGUGCAUGUCCCAAGAGCUAUGGUGUUAAUGUUGCACGGUUGGCAGGGCUUCCAACUUCCGUGCUUCAGAAGGCUGCUGCUAAGUCCAAAGAAUUUGAGGCCUCUUAUGGUAAAUCUAGAAAUGCGUCUCUUGAAACAAACUCUUCAAAUCAGGAAUGGGUUGAUGAGAUGAUAGUUGUAAUGAAAAUGUUGAACAAGGCUGCUGCAAAUUUGAGUUAUCAGGAAGGUGGUUGUGACAGCUCCCUCCAUGAACUUAAGAGUAGAGCAAGAGAACUUAUGCAGCGAUGUUAAUUGCUGUAGAGAAUCUAGAUAUG